GCGGGCGCCAAGGGCCGCAGGGGCGGCGGCGGCCUGCCGGAGAGAGGCGGCGGCGGCGGCGUGUGGCGCUCCAUCGAGAAGCCGCCCGCUGCCAGCCUGGCGCCCGCCGCGGGCGGCGCAGGCAAGGGCGCCGUCCGGAGCGCCCUCGGGGACCUCCCGAAGGGGAAGGGCGGCGCCGCGAAG